GAAGAAAAAAAAUCCUCACGCUCAUUCGGAGUGGCUCUUCUAACCCCAGCAAGAACUGGAGCACUCUUUUCCACCCAACUUGUGAAUCGCACUUGCCUUCUAAUUUGCCACAUGCAAAACGAUUCCUCUGCUUUGCAAGUUGCUUUUUAAGAAGGGAGAGAGAGAGAGGAAAAACCCAGCUCGCACACGAGCGAUUUGUGCGUCUUAAACUGGAAGGAAAUUGUGCGUGGAGAGGGGGGGCUCGUCUUCCUCUCUCUGCCCCAACCCACCGCGCUCCAGCCCGGCGCCUCGGCUUGGGGAAGAUCCAUGGUGGCAUCCCCAUGUCAUUCUGCUCAAAGUGACUUCAUAUGAUGUCAGCUUUAAAUGUUCGAGACCGUGAUCUGACGCUCAGGAAGAUGUUUGCUAUCAAAAUGUGACUGUGGCCACGCUGCGCUGCUUGGAUGAGUCUCGCCGGAGCUGGGCAAAGAGCCGAGCGCGGGAGCGAGUCGCUGCUCACACCAAGUUCCCGCACGGCGGAGCGACAUGGCGAACCCGGGGUCGCUGGAGACGGUCAUGCCUUCCUCCUGCCCCCGGCACGACGGCAGAGCCGCCACCGCUAACCCCUCCAAGACCCUGGCCUUCUCCAUCGAGCGGAUCAUGGCAAAGACGUCGGAGCCCAAGCCGGCCUUCGAGGAGCGGCACGGCGGGCCGGGGCCGGAGCCAGGCAAGAAGCCGCUGAGCCUGUGCUCGCCCCUGCCCUGCGUGAUCCCCAUCCCGCCUCUGGGCUACGAGCUGCCCUCCAAGACUCUCAACUACUCGGAGCUGUGGAAGAGCAGCCUGCGGGGCGGUGCGGGGCUCUGCAAAGCCAACUGCGGCGUCUGCUGCAAGGCAGAGCUCGCCCUGGGCCAGCCCAGCGGCCGGCUCAUCAAGCCGCAGGUCAUCCACCAGGCAGGGGCCGUUCCGGCUGCCCCCCGCUCCCUCUACUACUUCAACUACCUGGACGCCGCGUACCACCCGGCCGACCUCCUGCACGGACAGCUCUUCCCGGCCGGCCUGCUGGGCGCCCCGUCGCCGGGGGGGCUCUCGGCCCACCAGAAGCUUUUCCUGCUGGAGAACGCCAAGCUGGCGGGGCUGGCGGCCGAGAAGCUGCCGCCGCCGCCUCCCUUCGCCCACAAGGAGCGGCUGCCGGGACACCUGGACCAGGUGAUGAAGGAGGCGGCGGCGGCGGAGCGCGGCGGCCCCCCCAAGGGCCACGCCAAGAUGGGGGGCGGCGGCGGCGGGGCGGCGGAGGGCAAGCCCAAAAACUUUACCUGCGAGGUCUGCGGCAAGGUGUUCAACGCGCACUACAACCUCACCCGCCACAUGCCGGUGCACACGGGGGCCCGGCCUUUCGUCUGCAAGGUCUGCGGGAAGGGCUUCCGCCAGGCCAGCACCCUGUGCCGGCACAAAAUCAUCCACACCCAGGAGAAACCCCACAAGUGCAACCAGUGCGGAAAGGCGUUCAACAGGAGCUCCACGCUCAACACCCACAUCCGCAUCCACGCCGGCUACAAGCCCUUCGUCUGCGAGUUCUGCGGCAAGGGCUUCCACCAGAAAGGCAACUACAAGAACCACAAGCUGACCCACAGCGGAGAGAAGCAGUACAAGUGCACCAUUUGCAACAAAGCCUUCCACCAGAUCUAUAACUUGACUUUCCACAUGCACACCCACAAUGACAAGAAGCCCUUUACGUGUGUCACUUGCGGGAAAGGAUUUUGCAGAAACUUUGAUUUAAAGAAGCACGUCCGAAAGUUGCACGACAGCGUCUCCAGCGCUCCUCCGCCGCGGGACCCUGGGCGCAGCGGGCAGAGCUAAGGGCCCGGCGCGCCGCCACACUCGGACCUGCUCAACCAGGCCAGCACUAUUUAUCCAAACCAGCCUUCGCUUCUCUGUCCUUUUCCCAGCGAGCUCAGCCGCCGGUAGCAAGCGACCCCGAGCCGCAGUUGUAUAUAAGAGGAAUCUUAUUUAAUGGCGCGUUGCGCCGCCGGAGCGGGCCAGGACGGGCCGGGCUGGCCGCCCCCCGCCCGGCGCCAGGACAGCGCUCUUUAUACGUGUCUGUAAAUCUCCAUUUUAAAUGUACGCUCGAAUAAGUGAGGAAUAUAUCUAUAUCUAUAUCUAUCACGGGACAAUAAACCGGCCCUUCGCAGGUGUCUCAUUUCCCACCUGGGCCCGGGCCGGGCGGGCACCGGGGCUGCACGGCGCUCUCCCCGGUGCGAGCGCGGCUGGCGGGAGCCGGGCCCUGCCGCUCCGGGGCCCGCCGAGCGCCGCGAGCAGCGGAGGAGCAAAAGGAGGGCGGGAGGGAGCCGGGCGGCUUCAGAGGGCUGCUGCCGCCCCCCGGAACGGGGUCACAGCCCUUGCAGGACCCCCGGCGGGGCUGCGCGGCCCCGACCGGCAGCGCGAAGGGCGGCUCGGAGUUUCCCAGCGCCGCUUUUCGGGGUCGGUUCAUUACGGCGUGUUUAAACCGCUCCUGAAUGACUAUCUUUCCUUGCAUGCAGAUAAAAUGAUCUCACGCUUGCUUUCCGAGUAAUGACCCAAAUUAAGAGAGAAAACACAGACCCUUCAAACCGCAUUACAUUAAUCUAAUCACUCCCAGCAGGCCUCAGAAACUCUUUGUGAUCAGAAUAUGGAUAAUCAAGCACUUGGAUUACACUAAAUAUUCCCUUCUCAUCUCCCCCCCUCCCUCACUUUUAAUACGCAAGUGUCUAUUCCGGCCACGUCGUUAGGAACAAUAUUAUUCUAGCGGAGAAAGGAGAUUGAGGAGGCCGGGCGUGUGCGUGCUGCUCGGGCCGGGCUUGCCAAUGAAGAGGGGAACGAGAGAGGCACCGAAAUGCCUGGGGACGGCGUAAUGGGGAGCUCACCUUUCUCCGCUUAAUUGAGUGGUUAAAUAGAGGGAGGCGAGGACGAGCACAGCUCGCCGCCGAGCGCAGGAACGGGAGUCAUCCCCUCGCUCCGGGUUUCUGGAUUCAUUAUUAGGCUGCGAUGUUCUCCAAGGAGCGGGCUGGGGGCUGGGGCCGGGGCUCCGGGCCCCGCGUUCCCGCUGUAGAGACGGGGCGAAUUUAGAGUUUCUCGGGGUUUGCAUUUUCCAGUGUCUGAAAUAGCGUUUUGACGGAUUGAGGAGCGAAAAAGAAUGUCCCGUGAUCCUGGCAGCGGGGAAAGAUCGUAACUGAAUUUGUUAAAAAAAAUUGGGGGAGUUUUAGGUUGAAAAGAAAAUUUUUAAAAGGAAAAAAAAAAAAAAAUGCAAACCCCGCCACCUGCUAAGUCACCGCUCCGGAAACCCUGUCAGGGGGAAACAGUCCCGCAAGCGGAGGGGCUGCGGCUGAACCCCCGGCAGGCGGGAGCCGAGCCUGGCUCUCCCGCCGCCGCGACAGACGGGGCGGGACAACCCACGGGCCGGGGACAGCGGGAGGGACCCCUGUCUCCCUGAGGACACUGCCGGGGGCGGCCACGGCAGGACGAGGUCCCGGAGGACGGGAGCGGGGUGUGCGCAUCCCGAGGGGUGCCUGCGGAGCCGGUCCCGCUGCCAGGUCCGGGGGAAGCGCCGCUCUCUCCGCACCUCGGGCGCCGGGAAGAGGUCUGGGCUGCCAGCCGGGAGCCAGGCGCGGCCGCGGGCCCCACAGACAGCGCGCAGGCUGCUUCCUCAGCUCUCCUGAUGGGCGAGAGCAGUGCGAAACCCACUCCCAGGAAGGGAAUUAAGGAAGUGCGUUCUUAUCGCAUUUUUAUAAAAAGCGGCGUUGUUUACAGAGCCGUCUGGGGGGAGGGCGGCAUCCCCGUCACGGCUGAGGGCAUCUUCGGGGCACCCUCAAGUGCCGUGUCCGCCGCCGCGGCUGGGCUUGGUCACCCGGCCCCUCCUGGGGGGCGGUGGGCAUCCCUCCCGGACCGGCUGGCGCUCCCGCUUCCCCCCGAUCCCGGACGCACUGGGAAGGGGCCGCGGCAGCGCGCUCGCCACCGGCCGGCCCCGGACCCCCCCGGCUCUCGCCCGGAUCCCGGCACACACAAGCCGCAGAUCGCGGGGGAGGGGCGGCUCUGUCAGACACACACACGCCAGAGACUCCAAUUAUCUUCUCCCUCACAAGAUGUUUCUGCUGUCCACGACUGCUCACACUUCGGCACUCUUGCCAGCAAGCCUCAAUAACACAAAACCCGCACAAAAACCCCUUUCCCGGCGCCGCAGCCGCGCACACAACAGAUUGAGCGGUGCCGGUGCCUCGGGGGGAGGGUUAGAGGUGCCUCUGCGCUGAGAGCGACGUGCCAGCGCCUCCGUGCUUCCCCCUCGGCCCGCCCGGCCCGGCCCGGCGCUUCCCCGGGACCGGGCGGCUCCCAGGUGCGUCCCGGCACCGCGCCGGGCACCGGGAAGCGACCAACCUACAGGCAGCUGCGUUGCCCUUUUCCCUGCACUCCGCUCUCCAAACGUCUGAGCAACCAGUUUGCUGCUAGAAACAUGUUAAUUGCCAACGGAGCUCAUUAAGGCAUGCACAUGCAAAACACAGCGAGGGAGAUUAAAUGGACAAAAGCGCAAUAAUGAACUGUCAAAAAUCGGACCCAUCUACACGACCAGGAGCACUCAAGAAUGAGGCAUUUAGAGGCAACAAAGGAUUGUCUGGGACAGGAAGAAAGGACGACCUAGACUUUUGUUUAGUCAACACAAUUGAUUACAAAUGAGAGAUUAACAGGAUAGCUUCAGAGUUUUUUUGAAGGAGGCAGAAGAGAAAAGUCCAAUUAAGUGCACCGAAUGUUAACUACAUUGAUUUCCACGGCCAGCGCUGGAGAAAUUCUCAUUAAACCAUCCCUGGCGA